AUGCAUGAGAUAAGUUCGCUGGGUUCGUGCUCCGGUCAACGUUUGCGGGGCGAGUCCCUCGAAACCGCUCCCAUUGUCAACAGUGAUGGCAGUAGCGCCGGCAGCCCGAAGGAGGCGUGCGUGGCCGCCUCGCCGCCCCCCGCGCCCGCCAAGCGGGACGUGCGCCCCCCUCAUCAUCACCAGCAACACCACAACGACCAGCGACGGCUCAGCGUCGGCGGUGGCGCGGGUGGCUCUCGGCGUGCCGAACGCCGUGCUGCAGGUCCAUCAGAGCGUCGACGUCCAGAAAUGAGGGUGAGUCCCGGAGCCGGACCCUCCGCAGAACCACCACAUCUGCACCACACACCACACCAUCACCACAUGGACACGAAUCCGCUAGAAGGUGGCGUCGAGUCGCUAGUGAGCGCGGGCUCGUCGGACGGCGAGUUGUCCAAUAAGGCGGGGGACAGUCCCAGCAGGAAGCGACGGCGUAUAUCGCGGCACCUAUCCUCAGGUGAAAGCAACGUUUCAGUGGCAACCCCAGUAGUCGAACGGCGGACGCCCAGACUGCCCUAUCAACCUCCACGGCGCGUUCGUUACAUGAGCGGCGGUGGCGGCGUGUGGGCGCACGAGUCGCACGCCGCGCCCCACGUGCCGCACGUGCCCCACCCCCAUCACCCCCACCACCCGCACCAUCCCCACCACGCGCACCACACGCCGCUGCUGCUGGACAUCAACCAGGUGAGCGACACGCGCGCUACCUCCAAGUAG